ACUCCCUAAACUAGUUUAUUUUAUGUUCGUGUUCAAACUGUUCAAACAGACACAUGAGUAUCCUUUAAUUCUUUUGUGUAUUUUGUCAGGAUGGUUGCUGUCAGCUUGGAUUUUGAGGCCCCAGUAAGCGUGUAUUACCAAGUUUCAUUCUUCUCGAAUAUUUGGAAUUGAAUAUUUCAACCUUUUGUACAAUCCAUGCUAAAGUUAAGAAUCUUGGUUGCUGAUUUGGGCUUUUGAGUAUAUGAAAAACUGGAAAAUGGGCUGAUUUGUUUUUAGGUGAUCCUGUGGUGAAUUUUGAUUGAAGCUGACAAGGGAAGGGUUUAGUAGAUGAAGUUCUGGAUGAUUAAGAGAGAUUAAAUUGUGCAGACCCUUUUGUGAUUUUACAUGAAUUAAGGGUAAAUUUUGGUUUUAUUUGUAUAAAAGGAAAUUUUGGAAAUAAUAAUGGUGGAAGUUUGUGAAAUUUGGUGAUAUUAGUAGAGGUGAAUUCUGUGGAUUUUUGUGUGUUACAGGGGAGUGAGUACUGAGUAGUGAUCUUCUGAUGGCAACAUCACCGUCUCCGAAUUCUUCGCCUUCUGCUGACCCUCCUAUAGCGACCACUGCGCCACCGCCUCAAGCAUUUUCUCCGAGUUCUUUUCAGCCUAAUGCAACUUCUACUACCCCUACUACUCAAGCCCCUCCUCCUUCCACCAAUUCGACAUCCUCUCCUCCGGUUUUGCAAGCGGUUCCACCAGCUUUGUCACCUCCUCCAGCUGAUUCCCCACCACCGUCCUCCAAUUCUCCUCCACCGACACCGAUUUCAGCAAGCCCACCUACACCUAUACUGUUGCCACCGACCAGUGCUUCAAGUACACCACCACCAAGCCCAUCUGCUCCUCCGCCUACUCCUCCGGGAAAUCCACCCACACCACCUAAAAGUCCACCUACUGCGCCACCAUUGAGCCCGCCUAGACCCCCAGCAAGUCCACCUCCACCAGCAGCAAGUCCGCUUCUGCCACCAUCUAGUCCUCCUCCGCCAACAGCAAGUCCACCUCGGCCAUCAGCAAGUCCGCCUCUGCCAUCAACGAGCCCUCCUCCGCAACAAGCAAGUCCACCUACAUCGCCAGCAAGUCUUCCUAAACCGGCAGCAAGUCCUCCUAAACCGGCAGCAAGUCCACCUAAAUCGGCAGCAAGUCCACCUUCAUCCCCUACGAAACCUGAAAGCCCUCCGUCAUUACCUCCACCUAUACCACCCUCAGAUCCCCCAAAGAAUCCAUCACCUCCGCCAUCCUUAAAUUCUCCUCCCAACUUAACUCCACCACCUUCCAUUGGUCCUCCAUCAAUACCUUCUCCUCCUUCACCUUCUCGAGUACAAAUACAACCAUCAGGUAACCCAUCUACCAACAACUCUAAUACUCCUUCGACCUCAAAAUCAGAAGGCAAUGGUGGCAUUGGUAUUGGAGGGACUGUAGCCAUUGUUUUGGUACUAGGUCUUGUACUGCUUAGUUUAUUUGGAACUGUUAUAUGGUGUGUCAGAAAGCGAAAGAAGAAAUUUGCUGGAUCAAGUGGUGGUCAUAUAAUACCAACCUCACAAAGUUCUUCUCCAAAAUCAGAUUCAGGCUUACUAAAACUACAUGCAUCGGUAGUCAAUGGUGGGAGUGGUAAUGACAGUAGAUAUGUAUAUUCACCAAGAGAGCCAGGUGGAUUGUCUAAUUCAAGAGCAUGGUAUAGUUACGAAGAACUUUUGGAUGCUACAAAUGGGUUCUCAGAGCAAAAUUUACUAGGUGAAGGUGGAUUUGGUCGUGUGUACAAAGGCUACCUGCCAGAUGGAAGGGAGAUAGCAGUAAAGCAACUAAAGAUUGGAGGUGGGCAGGGAGAACGAGAAUUCAAGGCAGAAGUUGAGAUUAUUAGCCGUGUUCACCACCGCCAUUUGGUUUCUUUAGUCGGUUACUGCAUUUCUCUAAAUGAAAGGAUGCUUGUCUAUGACUACGUUCCAAACAACAACCUGUACUUUCAUCUGCAUGGAAAAGGUAGGCCGGUAAUGGAAUGGGAAAAACGCGUAAAGGUUGCUAUAGGCGCAGCUCGCGGAAUUGCUUAUCUCCAUGAAGAUUGCCAUCCUCGCAUAAUCCAUCGAGAUAUCAAGUCAUCAAAUAUUCUUUUAGAUAACAACUUUGAGUCGCAGGUUUCUGAUUUUGGGCUUGCGAAACUAGCUUUGGAUGCGAACACCCAUAUAACAACACGUGUGAUGGGAACCUUUGGAUACAUGGCUCCUGAAUAUGCGGCAAGCGGCAAAUUGACUGAAAAAUCCGAUGUUUAUUCAUUUGGUGUUGUGCUUUUGGAACUGAUCACUGGACGCAAACCUGUGGAUACUUCUCAGCCUUUGGGAGAUGAAAGCUUAGUUGAAUGGGCUCGACCUUUGCUUGGUCAUGCACUUGAGACCGAAGAUUUUACAGCAUUGGCAGAUCCAAGGCUUGAAAAUAAAUAUGUCGACAUUGAAAUGUUUAGACUGAUGGAAGCUGCUGCAGCUUGUGUGCGACAUUCAGCUGCAAAGAGACCACAAAUGGGACAGGUUGUGAGAGCAUUUGAUAGUAUGGUCACAGCAGAUUUAAGCAACGGGAUGAAAGUUGGUGAAAGUGAAAUAUACAACUCUGCACAACAAUCAGCAGAAAUUAGAUUGUUUCGGAGGAUGGCAUUUGGUAGUCAGAACUACAGUACAGAUUAUUUUAGUCAGAGUAGUAAUAACAGUCAAAGACCUUGAUAUACAUUUUUCGUAUAGCUCAAAUUUUUUAUAUA